CAACCGACAGAAUUUUUCGCGCUGAACGUGUCGCGCGCUGCCAUCGCCGCUGUGUGAGCGACAAUGAAGAAGUGACAUCUAUUUACAAUUCUUUAUUCUCGGGCGAUACUGGCGGUAUAUGACGUCAUUGUUGAGCUCCGAAAUUGAAAUCAAUAAGCUAUGUGCAAUGUCGUGUGUACACAUCAUGGACAAUGGAAAAUGGUGAUGAUGCCAGAAUUUCGCAUACAUUUCAACUUGCUUGAUCGUUGAGAUCGACGAAGACGAAUGUCCUUUAGCAAAAUGGCUCGAAAUAAUAAGAAGAGACUUGCGAUAUUCGUGACUACAUCAACAUGCAUCAUUUACGCAGAAGCAAAGUAUUGUUCCUCAGAAAUGCCUGGAGAAAUAAAAUACUAUGAAUGUUUAAGAACUGAAUAUUGUUGCACUUUUGGCUGUUGCGUGUCACCAGGGCAAUAUUUCCAUCAAUUAUGGUACUACUGGAUUCUAGUCAUAUUUAUGUUUCUUCUGUGUUCUGGCGGAGGCUGGUGGUAUCGAUAUUGGUUACAAGGCAGAUACAGAGCCGCUGCUUCCACUAUUCCAUCCCGAUCUUCCACUACGAGAUCUCAAACUUCUAUUCGUAACACACCUUACCAAGCACAGCGAGCUCGUAUCACAUAUAAUUCAGCGAGAAAUACCGUCUUAUUACAUCGUAUGAAAGGUCCUCAAAGAAAUAUAGCGGCACCACCGUACAACAACAAUGCAACCACAUCGGGACAUUAUCAAAAUAUGAACGUUGUGUUGAACGACGCAACAAAUUGUCCUUACUAUCAACUCUACGGUCCACCGCCUAGUUACGAGUCUGUGAUGGCUCAGACACGCGGCAAGAUGUCUACUCCGGCAUCGCCGGAGUCUACUGCCGCGCGGUUGAAUUUACAGUCGCCGAAUGUAAUAACGAAUCCGAGCGUGUCGCAAUGUUUAUUUUAUUCGUGCGACUCGCCCGCGAGAUUAGUUAACGAUAGCUCAAAUCAAUGUUCAAGCGAUAUCGCGAGUUGUCAUCAGCACGAUGCUCUUCACCAGAGUGUUCCGUUCGCGCAUUAUUCACAAUAUUGUACGGGAGCCGGCGCGACUAGUCAGAACAUGUGUAUUCCAUUAGAGUAUCCCGAGGAAUCGCUCGCUUCCGGUGGAGUUAAUUUUAGUCAUUCUCUGCAGAACAGGCCGCAACGACUGCUGGAGAGAUUGUCCGACAUGUCAGACGCGGAAACCUACGAGGUUCCGAACAGAGAGACAACGCUGAACGGCCCCGGCAGGGAGUACAGUCCGUGGCAUGUGAAUAAUAGUCACACAGCGUUGAAGGUUCACAGCAAGAUCGAACAACGAUCGCCUCCGCAAAGAUGCGCGGCAAUUGGGGAGACGCGCGCUUCCUCGUCCAAAUCCGAAGAAAGCGAAAGCGAGAACGAAGCAAAGUGUAUGUUUUUCGCGACGCAGGACAACAUCUCGACGAGGGAACGCACGAAUCAUCGUGGUUCUCUGCGAUUACCGCGCAAACACAACGGCGGUGGAAUUUACCAGAGCAACAGCUUCCCGAGAGAUUCCCCGAAGGAUCUGCCGAGUUCUCAUCUGAAUGUUUUUGACUUCACGUCUAAAUCAACUUCCGAGAACGCGCCUCCCGUCGUGAGCACUUCGGAACGCGCUGACGCCGUUACAAGUCCCUCUCAAUCAAAUCCAUCCAAUAAUGUGAUAUUAGAAUCCUUUAUUUUUGAGAACGCGCGAUCGUCUCCGUUGUACGAAAACGUCACAAUGAAUCGGAGUACAAACUUUGAUCUUGAAAGUAAACACAAAUUAGACAGAUCGAAGUCGCUAGACUGAACGUAAUACUGAGAUUCUCUCGUUAUUACGCGAUGCUUAUUCUUGUAUGUCUCUGUUGUUCGCGUGUGUAAACUCGUACAAAUCUUGAUCGUUCGUUAUCAAGAUACGUCGCAUCAAUAUAUACAGUUUCUUCGCGAUUUACUAGAUAGGAGAUAAUUUUAUUUUAAUAGAAAUACUCUGAUACUAUUUUCUUUAAUACACUUGCAUGUGUGAUAUAUACAUAUAUAUUUAAUGUAGCUAUAAGUAUCUCGCGUAUUUAUACCGCGUUAAUUUUAAAAAUUUCUUUGUCUCAUUUUGGUCGUCGAUUUUUAAUACCGAAAUUUCGUGCGCAUUGUUAUGUAAAUAUAGAAUGUUUCUAAACUGAAUGUCACAA